AUGAGCGAUGUCCGAUUUCCGAGUAUUCUUCCGUACAAGUGCAGCGAUAUGACGGACAGUGAGCUCACGACCUAUAAUCAGCAAGACUCGUUCGAUGUCGAGAGGAUGCCGAAGUCGCAGCUCAGGUGGCGUUCAGGGCAACGUACGCCGAACGAACCACAAGCGCUCGAGACGUCCGUGAACCGGACCAACGAUUCUGUCACUAUAGCAUCGCAGCGCCGUCUGGCACGUAUACACGCUCUUCAGAACGAAAAAGCGAAUAUGGACAUCCCCAUCUCCCGCAUCCCCGGCGAGAUUAUCCGCCUCAUCUUUCAAUGCCAUGCAGACGACAACGAGGUCGCCCGUGUCAUGGGCCGCACCCUAUUCGCUUCCACAUCCUAUGAAGUCGGCAGAAGCUGGCUCGUCCUAGGACAAGUCAGUCGUCUCUGGCGACAGAUUCUCUUCGAUAUGCCUACGUUAUGGGCAAAGAAGUUGUUUACGCUCGGGUAUCGCAAGGUUCCCACGCUACUCCCUCUCACAAAGGAAGCUCUCCUGGACAUGGACUUUUGCGACCAGCUUGGCCAGACGGAGAGCACGUGGAACGAGAUGAGGCCGUACAUGAACCGCGCCUGGCGAAUAACAAACGAGAGCUACAUGGUCGAUCAGGUCGUCCCGUUCAUGGAGCUUCUCUCGUCGCAACCCCUUCCUCAUCUGCGCGCCAUCAAGCUGACUCGCUCCUACCUGCAAGGAAGCGUCCCCUCUGCGGUCAUGUCUGACCAUCCGAACUUGCGCUCUAUCAUUCUGGACAGCGUAUACAUGCGAUCUCCCCUCCACGGCGGACUCGUGUCGCUCGAGAUCGAUCUCUCGCGAUCCGGUAUCAUCGAGCGGCCCGACUACAACGAGCUCAUGACCAUUCUGUCACACAAUCGGCAACUCCGACGUCUCGACCUCAAAGGUGUACUUCACGAUGCCAAGAAGUCGGCCAGCCGGCUCAUUCUCCCUGCUCUUGAGUCCCUUCGCCUGAAUAACAGAGACCAUCUCCAUACGGCUUGCUUGCUCGACAGCUUGUACAUGCCUUCCCUACGUACAGCGACGGUCCAUCCAGAGCACGCACUGUCCAGUCGUAGGGACUCCCUCGUCGUUCAUCGCAGUCUAUUAGACGCUUGGACAGACGAGAAUACGAUGAGCGCAUCCUCAAGCUCGCUAGUAGUAGAGCGAGUAUUCGGGUCCGAGGGCAUGUGCAAUAUUCACGAUGUGGCCCUGAGGGGCUUUCUGGCUGAGAUUUCGACACCAACGAAACAGUUCUCAAUCGCGGAGUAUGUUGAGGAGCCGAAUCCAACUUGGUCCAGGUAUGUCGGCCGGCACACCAUACGCUGGCAGCAUACGGACAUGAGUGAUUGA